AUGUCGUACGCAGACUCGCUGCCGCAGGCGAAGAGUGCUGUGAAGCAGAACACGGUGUUGAUGCAGCGGGCGCUGCAGCAGCACUCGCUGAUGGACGCGCUGAAGUACGCGUCACAGCUGCUACAGCAGCUCAGGAACCCAUUGCUGCCCCCCCAACGCCAGUACUACGAGCUGUACGUCAUGGUGUUCGACACACUCGGUGAGCUCACGCUGUACUUGGUCCAGGGGCACAAGCGCGGGAGGCAUCACCUCGCGGACCUGUACGAGCUCGUGCAGUAUGCAGGGAACGUGCUCCCACGGCUGUACCUCAUGAUCACCGUUGGGUCUGCGCUGUUGCAAUGCAACGAUGAGACAGUCCCGCAGGCAGAGAUCCUGAAGGAUAUGAUCGAGAUGUGCAAAGGUGUGCAGAACCCAACGAGGGGGCUUUUCCUCAGGUACUUCCUCUCGCAGAUGACGAAGGGGCUUCUCGAGUCCCUCAUGGAUUUGCCCUUCAGCAUCACGUUCCUCACCACGAACUUCGUAGAGAUGAACAAACUGUGGGUCAGACUGCAGUACCAGGGACCCCUCAAGGAGAGGGACCUCAGGACCAAAGAGCGUAAAGAGUUGCAGAUCCUCGUCGGGUCCCAGCUGUUGCGUCUCUCGCAGGUGAUCGAGUCAGAAGAAGCAGACCAAGAGGAGAAUUUCACCGUCUACUGCGAGAAGAUCCUCCCGGGGAUCCUUGAACAGAUGGUCCAGUCAAGAGACGUCAUAUGCCAGGAGUACCUAUUCGACAUCGUCUGCCAGGUGUUCCCGGACAACUACCACUUGGAGACAGUGGAACAAUUGCUGCAGGCGACUGCACAGAUGAACCCACAGGUAUCACUCCACAAGAUUAUAGCCACGCUGGUGCAGAGACUGAUAGACUACGUAGAACGUGAGGCUGCCCCAGGGAAGCAGGGGGGGAGAUCGCUUUUCGAUAUAUUCUGGCAGUAUCUCGAGAAACUGGGUGAUGAGAGACCAGAUAUCGCGCUCGUGGAAGUGUUGGACCUCGUAUCGAACGUCAUCACUUUGAAUAACUGCUGCGAUCCGGAGAACACGGACAACUUGAACAAACUAUACUCGCUGCUGUUCACGAAAUGCAAAGAUUUUGCGGUCAACGACGAGGCGACAGAGGACACCGUGCAACAGCAGCAACUGUUCGUAGAAUUGAUGACUUUCAAAGAAGUGAAGAGGGCUAACUUGAUCGUGGUCAACUGCCCCAAAUACACAGAACUGUUGCUCAGUAUUCACCCACGCGCACAACUACAAGCCAUCGAAUCCCUGCUCAACUUGUUCCUUGACCAAAGCGACGACUGGGUCGUCGAAACAGAGGACCAAUUCAUGAAAUUGCUCGCCUUGUGCAAACCGGCAACCGCUUUGAUUUCAAAGGAGGGUCAGGAGACCGUUCCUUUGGUCCAGCAGACCGUUGCCAAAUGGUGCCACGCAUUGGUACGUGCCACAACUAAAUCAAGACAACUCAGACCCAUCACUAAGCAGGUACAACUACUGUUAUCCCUCAAGAACGCACUACAUGAGGGUACGAGCCAAUCGGUAAGCUGCACAUACGAGUCACUUAUCACUCUGUGGUGGCAGCUAAUUAAGAAAUGCGAUUUCCUAAGAUCAAGAUUACCCAAAAACAAGUCAUCGUACGACACCUCUAUCAAGCAGAUAUUCAAGUACGUGUCCAGAUGUAUCACGGAACUGUUCAACGUUGUAGGUCCGAGCAUCACGGACAGGGUAUUCAAGCUGAAUCUCCAAACGGCGUCCAUAGCGGACCAACUGAGUCUCCCUGAAAUAUCCUACGACUUCUUUACGCAGGCGCUGACGGUCUUCGAGGACACCCUGAGCGACUCACGUACCCAGUUCCAGGCGAUAGUGUACAUGACGCAAAUCCUGCAGAGGACAAGGUCGCUGCGCACAGAGGGGGAGGACUACUACGACAAUCUCAUCGUGCGGACCACACUCCAUGCGUCAAAGCUGCUCAAGAAACAAGACCAGUGCCGGGCCGUGUACCUUUGCUCGCACCUGUGGUGGGCCACGGAAAUUGAAUCUCUGGGCGAGACGGAAGAUGACGCAGAGACGGAGGGACAGUUCUACAGGGAGGGGAAACGGCUGCUGGAGUGCCUGCAGAGGUCGCUCAGAUCCGCGGACUCAAUCAUGGACAACAUGCAAAGCUGCGAACUGAUGGUGGAGAUCCUGAACCGGUGUCUGUACUUCCUCAUCUAUGGUGAGGAGGCACAGACGCGUGUGUCCGUCAACUACGUCAACGGGCUCAUUGAACUGAUCAAAACGAACUUGAACUCGCUACAUCUCGAGCAGAUGGCCGAGCUGAAACUGGACGACACGUCAAGUACCAAGACACCACAACGGGUCCUAAUGGGUCAGGAUGGGUCUGUCUUGAAGGUGAGCAAGAGUAACGGUGCCGUGUCCGUCGUGCUGCCAACGGCUGCAAGCACAGAGUCCGUCGCGGAACUGGCCACGAUACCAGCAGACCACUUCCAACGAACAUGCGCGUACAUCCUCCAGCAGGCUGCACUCGACGACAGAUUCAAGGCCAUUACAGUAUGA